UAAAUAGUCGUUAAAAUCUAUUUGGUUAACGUAGAGUUUAAUGUAUUUGUAACAAUGCGAUUGUGUUGUUAAGUAUUGGAGUCUGUUGACAUUGACAUUUCGAUAUGAGGUACGAUUUCAUUAUUUUUGUAAUCACUAUGCGGUGUAGUCUGUUCACAGCGAUCGUGACUUGCGUUUUAUUUAAUGCAGUUUAUUUAAAAAGAUUCGAAACUAGAUGUAAACUAGUACGUGAGUUAGUUAAAGUGGGCCUUCCCCAACACUUGUUUCUAGGACAAUGGGUGUGCCUCAUAGAGAAAGUGAGCAACCGAGACACGAGAGCUUUGACAGUGUUAUCAAGUGGAAAGAAGUCGUAUGGCCUUUAUCAGAUACCUAGUCGAUGGUGUAGGGAAGGUAAAAAAGGCGGAGAAUGUAAUAUAGCUUGUGAAUUGUUACUUGAUGACGAUAUAAGAGACGACACGGAAUGCGCAGUCACAAUCUUCCACAGAGAAGGCUUCAAGUACUGGAACCAGUGGACAAACAGAUGCAAGAAUGAUAACCACAUCACCAAUGAAAUUUACAAGUGUCCAGAUCUUGUGUCACAGAGAUCCAUGGAAAGUCCAGAUCGAGUUUCAGUGACUCAUAGCGAAGCUUUGAGAGUCAAACGAAGGCUAUCUAGGAAGGGAAUGGAACGUUCUAGACUGUACAGCUAUUACGGGUUGCCUUGGUUAGCGUAAUAAUUGUUAUAGUAAAAAUAUUAUUA